AUGGGGGAGCAGUUUGCUUACCUAGAUGAGGCCACAGUCUCUCUGAGACACCAGACACGCAAUUCAGGUCGUCCCAUUCCACCUACAUCCUCGUCUAGCCUUCUCCCAUCUGCUCAGCUGCCCAGUUCCCAUAAUCCACCACCAGUUAGCUGCCAGAUGCCCUUGCUAGACAGCAAUACUUCCCAUCAAAUUAUGGAUACCAAUCCUGAUGAGGAGUUCUCUCCAAAUUCAUACCUGCUAAGAGCUUGCACAGGGCCACAGCAGACUUCCAGCAGUGGGCCUUCAAAUCACCACAGCCAGUCAACUCUGAGACCACCUCUUCCACCACCUCACAAUCAUACUCUAUCCCAUCACCACUCUUCUGCCAACUCCCUCAACAGGAACUCCUUAACAAAUCGACGGAACCAGAUCCAUGCACCAGCUCCUGCACCAAAUGAUUUGGCUACCACUCCUGAAUCUGUCCAAUUACAGGAUAGCUGGGUGCUGAAUAGCAAUGUGCCACUUGAGACCAG